AUGUCACGUGUCGUAUUUGAAGUUUUAAGUCUUUGUCUUUGAUAUUUUACUAUAGAACAAUAUUUGUGAAGUGAAGAACAGGCUGUCGAUUAUCGGUUAUGUUAAAGAGUAAUAAUUUGUUGAAAAUAUAAAGAAAAUGCCCUUGUUUGGUAAAGAAAAGAAACAGAAGAAAGAUGGAAAAGAAAGCGACAAACAACCUUCUCUGGAAGACAAAUAUUACCUGAAGGAAUUGUUGGGAACUGGGGCCUUCUCUGUAGUGAGAUUAGCAGAAAGCAAGGAAAAUCAUGGAGUGAUGCAUGCUGUGAAAAUUAUUGAUAAAAAAGCUCUUAAGGGUAAAGAAGACUCAUUGGAAAAUGAAAUCAAAGUUCUGCGUAGGUUAAAACAUCCAAAUAUUGUACAACUCUUAGAGACUUUUGAAGAUAAAUCAAAGGUGUAUUUAAUUAUGGAACUGGUAACUGGAGGAGAACUGUUUGAUAGAAUAGUGGAAAAAGGAUCUUAUACCGAAAAAGAUGCAGCCGACCUAAUAAGACAAGUACUAGAAGCUGUAGAUUAUAUGCAUGAUCAAGGAGUAGUUCAUCGAGACCUUAAGCCUGAAAAUUUGCUGUAUUAUAGUCCAGACGAGGAUAGUAAAAUUAUGAUAAGCGAUUUUGGGUUAUCUAAAAUGGAAGAUUCUGGCAUAAUGGCUACAGCAUGCGGAACUCCUGGCUAUGUUGCUCCAGAGGUUCUUGCUCAGAAACCGUAUGGCAAAGCAGUUGAUGUAUGGAGCAUAGGUGUAAUAUCUUACAUUCUAUUAUGUGGUUAUCCCCCAUUCUAUGACGAAAAUGAUGCAAAUUUGUUUGCACAAAUCCUUAAAGGUGAAUUUGAGUUUGAUUCUCCUUACUGGGAUGAGAUUAGUGAUUCUGCGAAAGAUUUUAUAAGAAACUUAAUGUGCGUUAAUGUCGAGAAGAGAUACACCUGUCGCCAAGCUUUAGGUCACCCCUGGAUAUCUGGUAAUGCUGCUAGUAAUAAGAAUAUUCAUGGUACUGUGUCAGAACAGCUUAAAAAGAAUUUUGCCAAAUCACGUUGGAAGCAAGCUUACCACGCAACCACAAUAAUAAGGCAGAUGCAAAAAAUGGCUUUAAGUGGCGGUAGCGGGGGUAAAAGUCCAACUCCGCAGCGGAGUCUGACAAGUCGAUCCAGUGGAACUCCAUGUGGAAGUGUAAAUGGUGCGCAGGACAAGUAAACCUAAUUAAUUAUGAAAAAGAAUUUAUUACUGUUCACUUAAUUACGUUUUAUUUCUGCGCUUUUCAUAGGUUGAACUCGUGCUCUUAAACAAAUAAUUAUUUUUGUUGACUCUUUACAAAACAUAUAAAGUCCUACUAUUUUUCUUUUAUUUUACAUAAUUUUGUUUGUGUGACUUUAUUCAAUUAUUUUAAAAUGUAUGGUAUCAAUAAUUUUUUUCGGAUGAAUUGGAAAUUGUUAAUGAUAUUCUUUAUCUAACUCAAAUGAUCCGAAUUAAAGUCAACAGAAAUCGUACCUGAAUGCCUCUGAUAUAAUCAGUUUUAAAUAUAUUUCUUUUCAAAACUCCAUUUUUCAGCAUUAAAGGUAUUGUAUUGUUUACUUCUGGUUAAGUAUAAAUGGUUCAGGAUUAUAAAAUUCCUUCUGUUCAAUUGUGAUAAUUUAAAGUUCAGUUAGUCAUAUUAGGGGGAGUCCGGGAGACUUUAGCCACUUUUUACUGAAUGACCCUGGCUUCCGUUAUGGGUCAUGAAAGCCCUCUCAUAAUGACAUCUUUUCCACCUGAUAAACUAUCAAAAAAUAAGACCGAUUCUGUCUGGGCGGGAGACUUUACCCUAUUGGUAGGAAGGCUUUGAGCAGUCUUGAAAAAUAAUAGAAAAACGAUGGACAAACAAGUAUAUUAGUUGAACAAAGCCAAGGCCAACACAGAACAUGAUCAGUCUUCAAAUUAAACAUUUUUUCUAUGAAAAACGAACAAAAUAACUUAAAGCUAAUAACAACGAUAAAUCUGAAUCUUUGAAGUAAACAUCUCUCAUCAAAAACAAACAUAAAGACAACUAAACCUUAAAACUAUUAGAUCUGCGCCUUUCAAAUAAACAUUUCUUAAAAACGAACAUAAAAAUUAUCAAAGCUCUAAACUAUGAGACGAAAGGACCUGUGAAUAAAAAUCUUUGUGAACAGGUCUUUUAUUCUACCUAGAUGGCACAUUAGGGACAGAAAAAUAUUUCUUUAUCGUCUUUUGUCAUACAAACGCAAAUUUCAUGCACAUACUUCCCGCAAUAAGUACAAAGUUUCAUGUCCAGCAUUUCAUCCGUACCGCAUACAAAGAAGAACCAGCAUUGAUCUAGUUCUGGAUCUUCUUCCAAUCUGAGUUGUCCUUACAAAUAAUUUCUUCAGGAGUAUCACUGUCACUGCUUGAUUUUUUUUUGUCUUUCACUCUUCUAGUCAACCGUUUCUUUUGGACACAUUUUAGUAUCUUCUUAUUUGUCUCAGUGUUCUUAGCUGGGCUUUUUGGAAUUUUACUCACUGGACUUGAUUGAAUAACUUUCCUCUUGGCUGUUUUUGGUAUUUUCUCCUUAGCAGUUUUUGGUAUUUUCUCCUUAGCAGUUUUUCUAACUCUCUUUUUCUA